CGCUCCGCCGCAUCCGGGAACGAGAAAGUAAGGGGUGAAGGGAGGUGGGAGAGAGAGCCAUGGGGAAGUCGGAUUUCCUCAGCCCGAAGGCUAUCGCUAACCGCAUCAAAUCCAAAGGGUUGCAGAAGCUACGCUGGUACUGCCAGAUGUGCCAGAAGCAGUGCCGCGAUGAGAAUGGCUUCAAAUGUCAUUGCAUGUCUGAAUCUCACCAAAGGCAAUUACUUCUGGCUUCUGAAAAUCCUCAGCAAUUCUUGAACUACUUUUCUGAGGAAUUCCGAAAUGAUUUCCUAGAGCUGCUCAGGAGACGAUUUGGAACAAAGAGAGUCCACAAUAAUAUUGUGUACAAUGAAUAUAUCAGUCACCGAGAACACAUCCACAUGAAUGCAACACAGUGGGAGACACUGACUGAUUUUACAAAAUGGUUGGGGAGAGAAGGUCUUUGUAAGGUUGAUGAGACUCCAAAAGGCUGGUAUAUCCAGUACAUUGACAGGGACCCAGAGACCAUUCGCAGGCAACAAGAACAAGAAAGAAAGAAGAAACAAGACCUUGAUGAUGAAGAAAAAACAGCGAAAUUCAUUGAACAGCAAGUUAGAAGAGGUUUGGAGGGGAAAGAACUGGAGGAGCCAGUCUAUACUGAACUGAACAGAGAAAAUGAAGAAGAAAAAGUUGCAUUUAAUUUAAAUAAAGGAGCAAGUACUUCAGUAGCAGCAUCUUCAAAAACCAGUAGCAUCCUUGGACCAAGUGCACUGAAGAUGGCAGAAGGAGCAGUUAAAAGAAAAGAAUCAGCUCAUAGCUCUGGUCAGUCCAAAGAGAAAAAGAAGAAAUCUGCACUGGAUGAGAUUAUGGAGAUUGAAGAAGAGAAGAAAAGAACAUCUCGAACAGACUACUGGUUGCAGCCAGAAAUCAUUGUAAAAAUUGUCACAAAGAAGCUUGGAGAGAAGUAUCACAAGAAGAAGGCAGUUGUUAAGGAGGUGAUUGACAAAUAUACAGCAGUUGUGAAAAUGAUUGAUUCUGGAGACAAACUGAAGCUUGAUCAGACACAUCUGGAAACUGUAAUACCAGCACCAGGCAAGAAAGUUAUGGUAUUAAAUGGUGGUUACAGGGGAAAUGAAGGCAUCUUGGAAUCUAUCAAUGAGAAGAAAUUUUCAGCAACAAUCAUCAUUGACUCUGGGCCUUUGAAAGGACGCCGAGUUGAAGGGAUCCAGUAUGAAGACAUUUCCAAACUUGCCUGAGGUGCUCAUUAUGGAUCAGAGAAGAUUUGGGUUCCUCAGACCAUCUUUCUGGCUUCCUGUGGGCAGACACAGGAGACUCGGCUAUGUCAGGGUUUUAACUUUGUGUGUAUAUGUAUCUAUAAUGUAUAUAGAGAAUAACCAAGAGCAAAUUGAAUUUAUUUAAAGAUCACUAUAGAUUUGUUACAUAAAAUGUUUGUGGAAAUCUUAAUGGUGGAAAUACUCCAUCUGAUCCUUUCUCAAAGUUUUUUUAAUAAUUUUUCAGUCUCAUUUUGCAAAAUACAGCAGCUGCAAGUUGGAGUAUUUUCUUUACUGAAGUAUGUGUGAAGUUUUGUAGGGCAGAGAACUGUCCACAACAGCUGCUUGAGGCAGGCAAUGUGUGUUGAGGCCAAUGGAUUUUAAACAGCAGACUUCUCAAUUUGCAGCCAAAACUGAGUUCUGGCAGGAGGAACAAGGGAAAGGAUUAAGAGAAUAGCAGAAGGUAACAGGGAUUCUUCUCCUGGAUUUUGUAAGAAGGGUCUGCCUUAUUAAGUGUUGUCACCAAGUUAUUUUGAGUUAACUUAUCAGCUGUAGUAGAAUCCACAUAAUUAGACUUCCAUCACCUCGUUCUCAGGGCUCCUGAUAAUGCUCAUACACAAUUUGUCUGCUUAUGGGCUCCAAGAUGGAUGUUACUUGUGGGGCUUCUAGCAUUCCUGCCUAAGUCUGUGCAGAUAUGAACUGGCAAUUGCUGUUCUGGUUUUCCAGAGCAUUUUCCCUUGUCCAUAGUUCCAUUGUUUUCCCCUGCACUGUGUGGAUGCUAAAUGAGUAACAUUACUUUUUAAUUUUUUAAAAUAUGUCACAUUUUAUACAGUAUUUUAUUUUUAAGGAAUGUUCAGGAAUAAACAUAAACUUAUCUUAGGCCAGAGCUUUCCUAACCAGUCUUUUAAACAGCACUCUGUUCUUUUAUGUCCACUGAACAGCACAGUAAAAUGGCCAACUGGUGUAACUGCCUUAUUUUUGUAAAAGAAAGGUGCAAGUUUUCCCAAGCAAAAACAGACCAUCACCUGUGGUUCAGACUGCCUUUGGUUAUUAUUGUGUGUGUCUGGAAUUUGAUGGCAAGAAAACUGAUAAUCCUGUGCCUUUCAAAGCUGAUCUUAGCUGUGUGGAGCUGCUGUGUUGACUGCUGUGGAGCUGAGACCUAGGAAGUAGGGGAAGGUGAGAAGAGGUAACCAGUGCUCAUUUGGGAAAGGUGGAGUUUUAUUUCCCUGCAAACUCAGCAGUGUUGUGUGGUUGAGCAAAAUUCCUUUCAAAAGACUGCAUUUUUUUUCGUAAAGAAAAGCCACUCAGCCCCUUCCUUGGUGAGCUGAAUUGAACAGGAUGCUGUUGUGGAUGUGUACCCCAGUUACAGUGCAGUCUAAAAGUUCAGGUCACCAGUGUCAAAUUCACUGUUGCUUGUCCCUUGCUUUACCUCAGAGAACCAUGAUUCGUGGUUUCCAGGGGACCCCUGCAGGAAAACUGAAAGACUGCAGAGGUUGAACGAAAGAGCUGCAGUCUGGACUAACCUCACACGGAGGAUUUCAAUGGCUUUCCGGGGAUCCCAGGCACAAAUACAAGUCAAGCAGUAACACAGUAUCUAAAAAAUGGACAAUUCUGCAGAAAGGAACUUAAGGCAGAAGACAUGUCUACGCUUCUGAGAAUCGCUUGAAGAGAUGCUCAACAUGCAUAAAUCCACACUCCUGACAACAGAACUGAAAGAAGGAUGCAUACCAGUCUUUGGUUCAGAGGCAAAGGACACCAAAGUACAGGAAGGCAAGCAGAUAACUGGAGUGCCUGUCCUACAUUAGGGCCACUGAGAAGAAUCUGGUCAGCAUGUUAUUAUUUUUUUUCCUAAGGUUGCUUGUGAAAGCAGAGUUUUAAAUGCAAUUCUAGGUACAUACACGUGUAUGGUUGUUUCACUACUGAUCUCAUUUGUUGCUUUUGAAAAGUAUGACACCUUUUGGGAACUGAUCCCCCUGGAAGCGAAGCUUUUAGUACUGCUGGUGAUUUCUAUGUAGUCUGAAUUCCAGUUCUUUAUCCUACUUCCCCAGUUCUGUAUCUAGGUGAGAAUUUCACUGUGAUGCUGAAAUGUUUACCAAAACCGAAACAAGAUAUUCUGGGCUCACCUAAUUUAUUCUCCUGCAGUGUAGUAGCAUGAGCUAUUUCAAGGAAAUUCUGACCACUGGUUAGCACAUCUGUAAAGGCUAGGGACUCUUCAUGAUCCCAGUUUCCUUUUGUGUUAGAUUUGUCGGGUAUGUAAUGCACAUCAUCCUGGCUGGGCUUAUUUUAACCACGCUGCUUUUUGCCAAAUCCAGCAAUGCAUGAACUUAUAUUUUUCCCUGCUCUCUGAAAGGACAAAAUUUGAAAAGCAUGAGUUUUUUAAAUCUGGUUGUGUAUGAUACCAAGAUUACAG